CUGUAAUGAAUUAAUUUGACCUAAUGGUCUCUUUUGAAAAUAAUUGUAUCAAAUUGACUCGUUGGUGAACAAAAUUUUUGAAUGAAACAAUUUGGGUUAAGAAAUUUUGAAUUUAUAUGUUUUGAGUAAAUUCUUUUUUUUAGAUGUUUCGAAUAGAUUCUAAUUGUUUGGAAGUGAGAAAGAUAAUACGAAUUGACUUAUUUCAUAAAAUGAGAUAGUUAACCAAAUCGUCUCAUUUUUAAUUAACACAUAAGAAUAUUAGUUUUCUCCAAUCAGAAUAGGCAAGUGGGCUAAUGCCUAAUAUCAUUAUUUAUUGCUAUUGUUAGCACAUCCUACUUGCUAAAUAAAAUUUGCUAUAUAUAGGGGUUGUUUGGAUAAGAAACUGUAAUGAAUUAAUUUGACCUAAUGGUCUCUUUUUGAAAUAAUUGUACUAAAUUGAGCUAAGAAAUUUUGAAUUGAUAUGUUUUGAGUAAAUUCUAAUUGUUUGGAAGUGAGACAGAUAAUACGAAUUAAUUCAUUUCAUAAAAUGAGAUAAUUAACCAAAUUGUCUCAUUUUUAUUAAACAAAAUGUUAGUUUUCUCCAAUCGGAAUAAGUGGGCUAAUGCCUAAUAUCUUUAUUUAUUGCUAUUGUUAGCCCAUCGUAGUUAAUCUAAAAACUCAGUUUCCCAAUAAAGCAUUGAGAACCACUGAGUUCAUCAACUACAAAGACUGAAGUUUGUUAGAAGCAAACAAAAGAUUAGAGCAGUUGAUCAAUUCUUAAUCCACAAAAAACCCAUGUGAUUGUAAUCCCAAUCACACCCACAUAAACUAUAAAACUAUGCCAACGCGUAAUCUUGGUUUGAAUUUUCUCAUAAACCCCACUUUUCUUUCUCCCCUUUACUACUCUAUUUAGUCCUUAUCUACCUUUCAAGUCCAAGCUUCAAUCAUUCAUUCACCCUCCCAACUAACAAAUAAGGAAACCAACCAGAAAAACCAAUGGAAUCAAAAGGAAGAAGACUCCAAUGUUUUCCAAUCUUGAAGUGCUGCAAGGGUUUUGAAUUGGUCAGCACUUCUUUCACUUUGGACCUUCCAAAUCCUCCAAAUCUCUCUCCUCUACCACUACCACUACCACAUACACACUCAGACAAGUUCUUCAAUAUCCCCUUCUGGGUUAUCAAAGACUAGUCCGAGAAUUGAAUAAAAUAACUCGGUUUCUCUCCACAGUCAAAUAUUCAAACUUCCAACAAUAACCCCAUGUGUAUAUAUAUAGCUCAUGGAUCCCUUCUCAUCUCCCAAACCCACCAAGCAGAAACAAAAAAAGAUUCAAACUUUCUGCUACCCAUUGCUGUUUUCUGGUUCUUACUUCUCACUCAAGUUACUUCCAUGGUAUUGGGCACUCUUCCUGAAUCGUAUUACCAACUCUGGUCAUCCCAAUUCUCUGACAACAGCAUUCUGAAAAAGCUUGAAGCUUUGCCUUCCGAUGAACCAAGUGGCUGAACUCUAGAUUAUGCUCGAAGGCUGCUCAAGCUGCUGCUUGUUUAUUUGUUUCUGUUGGAGAUUGCCUGGUUCGUAAGAAAUUGGGUUGCCGGGGGAAAAAAAGAUCGAUGGAGGGAGGAGGGUGGAGCUGGGAGCAGAGAGCACUGGUGAAUGAGCUAAUCCAAGGGAUGGAAGUUGCAAGAGUGCUGAGCUUUCAUCUCAAGGGGACACCUUCAGUUGAGAAUGCAGAGAGUUUAGUGCAGAGGAUCUUGUCUUCUUAUGAGAAGGCUCUGCUGAUUCUGAAUUGGAGUGGACCAGUUGGACAGCAGCCUCCGCAAGCUGCUGCUGCUACUGCAACAGUAGGCACUGCAGCUACUGGUUCUGGUUCUGGUUCUGGGAUUCCUGAAUCUCCAUUGUCUAGGAAUGGAAGUCCUAGGAGCGAGGAUUUUGAUGGAAUCAAGGAUAAUCAAGCCCACAUUGAUGUCUCCAAGAAGAGAAAGACAAUGCCCAGAUGGACAGAUCAAGUUAGAGUGAACUCUGAGAAUGGAUUGGAAGGUCCAAUUGAUGACGGCUAUAGCUGGAGGAAGUAUGGCCAGAAAGAUAUUCUAGGAGCCAAAUAUCCCAGAAGCUAUUAUAGGUGCACAUACAGGAACACACAAAACUGCUGGGCUAUAAAGCAAGUGCAGAGAUCAGAUGAAGAUCCUACCAUCUUUGAGGUCACAUAUAGGGGAACACACAGUUGUUCCUUUGGCCACCAGCAAACAGUUGUAGCACCACCACCAGCAUCUCCAGAGAAGCAAGAACAGAUCAAGCACAACUUCAGCAGCAGCAAUCAACAGCAGCCACCGCCUGGGGAGGCUUUGCUUAACCUUCAGAAGGGUCUGAAAGUUGAUACUCAGGAUUUGGCCAAGAGAGAGACAGUGCCUUUCACUUUUCCAUCCACAUAUGAAUGCCAAAACAGCAACUUCUCCCAGUCGUUUCUCUCACCAGCAACACCAGAGCCAAACUACAAUCAUGUUUCUCCAUUUGUGAACAGCUUUGGAGGGACACGUACUUUUCAGCAUUCAGAUUCAGAUUUGGCUGAGAUACUCUCAGCUCAGACUUCAGCUACCAGUUCUCCAAUGCUGGACUUGGAUUUCCAUCUUGAGUCAUUCGAACUGGUUCCAAACUUCUCGUAUGCUCCGGGAUUUUUCUCUUGACUCUCUUAGUAUGUUCAUUCAGGGACGAUAAAAAUGAACACAAAUUUAGUUGCAGGUUGAUCGUUAGAUUGUGACAUAAAGACAGGGAGAAAAAAAAGUGUGUGCAAAGCA